CGGACCCGCGGCGGCGGGGCGGAUAAAAGGGGGCGGGUGGGGGCGGGCGGCGGAGCUCCUGGGGCAGCCGGCACUGAGCGUCUGGGCGGCUCUGGGACGGGGACCAUGGCGCUGCCGCUGCUCGCCCUGCUCAGCCUGGUGCUCGUCUGCCAAGGGGAGCAAAGCCUCAUGCCCCCCAAUGAGCUGAAACAGCUCUCAGCAGCUGGCAGCAAGUACAUUGACACUGAAGUGGAGAACGCCAUCAAUGGGGUGAAGCAGAUGAAGACACUGAUGGACAAAACCAGCAAGGAGCACCAGGCAAUGCUGCACACGCUGGAAGAGACCAAGAGGAAGAAGGAGGAGGCGGUGAAGCUGGCCUUGGAGAAGGAGAAGCAGCUGGCAGAGAAGCAGGAGGUGUGCAACGAGACAAUGCUGUCACUGUGGGAGGAGUGCAAGCCCUGCCUCAAGCACACCUGCAUGCGCGUCUACUCUAAGAUAUGCCACAGUGGCUCGGGGCUGGUGGGCCGCCAGCUGGAGGAAUUCCUCAACCGCUCCUCGCCCUUCUCCAUCUGGGUGAACGGCGAGCGCAUCGACGAGCUGCUGGAUCGGGAGCAGCGGCAGGAGCGGCGCUUCGAGGACCUGGAGGAGCGUUUCGGGCUGAUGGAGGACGGCGUGGAGGACAUCUUCCAGGACAGCACCCAGCUCUACGGGCCCGCCUUCCCCUUCUUCCGAACGCCGCCCUUCGGUGGUUUCCGUGAGGCUUUCGUCCCACCCGUGCAACGUGUCCACCUGGUGCCACGCAGGAGGCUGUCCCGAGAGCUGCACCCCUUCUUUCAGCACCCGGUGCACGGCUUCCACCGCCUCUUCCAGCCGCUCUUUGAGAUGACGCAGCGCAUGCUGGAUGGGGGGCACGGCGCCUGGGAGCACCCGCUGGGAGGCUGGGCGUCAGAACCCCGUAACUUCAGCACCGAUCGCAUGGUGUGCCGUGAGAUCCGGCGCAACUCAGCUGGCUGCCUGCGGAUGCGGGACGAGUGCGAGAAGUGCCGGGAGAUCCUGGCUGUGGACUGCUCGCAGACAGACCCGGUGCAGAGCCAGCUGCGGGAGCAGUUUGAGGAUGCCCUGCGCCUGGCUGAGCGCUUCACCCGCCGCUACGAUGACCUCCUCAGCGCCUUCCAGGCUGAGAUGCUCAACACCAGCAGCCUCCUGGACCAGCUCAACCGCCAGUUCGGUUGGGUCUCACGCCUGAGAAACCUCACGCAGGGCACUGAUGGGUUCCUGCAGGUCACCACGGUGUUCUCCAAAACUCCCAACCUCAAGGACCCGUCAGCCCCUGCAGACACGCAGGUGACGGUGCAGCUCUUUGAUUCAGAGCCACUGUCGCUCACCGUGCCUGGGGACAUCUCCUGGGAUGAUCCACGCUUCAUGGAGAUUGUGGCCGAGCAGGCACUGCAGCACUACAAGCAGAACAACACCAUAGAGUAGCUGUCCCUCCUGCUGCCCCAUCCCCACAUCAGUGGGUCAAAGGCCAUUACCACCGCUCCCGCUGCUGGGCCCUUCAGGUCCUGAACCAGACAAUAAAGGUAGAGUGAACCUCCCCGUCGGCUGCGCUCUCCUCCCGUGCCUUCUUGGGCUGUGCCCCAGCACAAAUAAACCUUGCGGAAAAAAACA